AUGCUUGUUGUCUCUUGCUCAUUCAUGUCAGUGUGUGUCAGCCUGGGCUUUGGAAAGCAUAUCUGGGACAUCAAUUUCAAGGACAUCCCGCCGUUCCUCUUCUUUUCGAGUUUCGCCGGCUUCUUCUCCAUCUUAGCCGCCGCGUGGAGCAAGACGUCCUUUGCCAUCACGCUGCUGCGCAUUUCGGAUGGCUGGAUCAAGAAAUUUGUUUGGUUCGCCAUCAUCAGUGUCAACAUCGCGCUGGGGCUUAGCGGUAUCUUCCAAUGGGCUCAGUGCAUGCCUGUCCAGAAGCUCUGGAACAGAGAGAUUGAGGGCAAGUGCUGGCCGGCAACAGUCCAGAAGUACAACAUCUCGACAUCCGCAUACUCCGGUGUUAUAGAUAUCUGUCUUGCCUUGCUACCCUGGAAAAUCAUCUGGAGUUUGACAAUGAACAAGAAGGAAAAGAUUGGUGUCGUCCUUGCUAUGAGCAUGGGGGUCUUUCAGCACAAUUAA